AUGACGGUAGCUCAGUUGUCUGACUCCAAGAUUUGGUGGAGCGGCCCGGAAUGGUUGAAACGACCUGAGGUAGAAUGGCCGAAGCAUCCAAGGAACGACACAGAUGCUGAAUUGCUGAUGAUGGCCGUAGCUGAUAAUCAAGAACCGAAAUAUGUGGAGGAAAUUGUUGACCCACCCCGAACGAGCAAGUACCUUCGCACUUUGAGAAGUGUAGCUUGGAUUCUACAUUGGCGCAAGUCUCCUAAAAACACCCAAAAUAUGCUGACCUCAGAAGAGUUGCAAUAUGCCAAAAUGGUCAUCCUGAAACAAGUGCAAAGGAAGUUUUUCUGGACGGAAUUAGAGUCAAUGGAAAAUAGCCAACCAGUUUAUCGCCAGUCUAGUCUGCGGUCCUUACACCCGUUCUUGGAAGGAGGAUUAAUCAGGAUGGGGGUUCGUUUGCAACAAGUGGAAGCGACCUUUGAGGAACUCCAUCCAGUGCUGGUUAAUAAGUGUGGUGUUGUCAACCAAUUGGUGUUUCAUAUUCACGAACAAAUGCAACACGCCGGUACUGCAACAGUUAUUUCAGAACUGAGACGCCAAGGGAUUUGGAUCCUGCGCUCUAAGAAAUCAGUCUCAUCAGUGAUACGGAAGUGCGGGAAAUGUAGCAGGUUCUUGGCGGCUCCUGCAUCUGAACAGACACCUCCUUUCCCUAGGUGUCGUAUAACUUGCAAGCGUCCCUUUGAAACAACUGGCAUGGAUCUAGGAGGACCGUUAUGCCUGAAGGAUAACAGCAAGGUCUGGUUCGUAGUAUUUAGCUGCAUGUCAGUUAGAGCCAUUCAUUUGGAACUUGUGACGUCGUUGUCUGUAGAAACGUUGACUCAGGCACUGCAGAGAUUUAUGAACAGAAGAGGUGUCCCACAGUUGUGCAUAAGUGAUCACGGAUCAAACUUUGUGGCGGCAGCUAAGUGGGCUAAAGAGAAGAAUCUUGACAUGAAGUGGCAAUUUGUGGUGGAACGUGGACCUUGGUGGGGAGGAGCCUGGGAGAGGUUAGUGGGCAUUGUUAAAGGCCUGCUACGUCGCUUGUUGGGCCAUGAUGUGCUUUCCUGGGAGGAAUUAGAACCCGCUCUAACCGAGGUGGAGAAAGUCAUCAACCACCGGCCUAUCACUUACUUGUGGGAGUCGAGCAAUCCUGAUGGUGGUGUUCCUAUCCCUUUGUGUCCUGAAAAGAUGAAGAUGAAGAAGCUGAACCUGAAGUCACCCUUCCACAGAGGACUCGGAGAGGAAGAGAGAUUGUUCGUCCAAGUCGCUAUAAGGUCUGACCAAGUCGAUAUAAGGACUGACCAAGUCGUUAUAAGGAUUGACUAA